GGAGAGAGAGAGAGAGUUUUUGAUUCUGUGUAUUGUUGCGUUGAAAGCCAUUCAAUCUGUUCUGGCCAAAUUUCCCCCAUCAUUGUCAAUAUGUAUUAAGCUCCAGUCCAAGUCACUAUCUUGUUUUCUCUCUCUCCAAGAUCCUGUUUCUCUCUCUAUUAUCUUUGAAAUCAUUCUUUUUUCUUUCUGGGGUGGUUUUGUUCGUCAACAAGGUGGUCAAACAGAUGAAAAAAAUCCAAACUUUCUGAAUCUUGUGUGUUUCUUGAAUCUUGUUUGAUCUCUUUUUCAUCAUCUGGAUUUGUGUUUCAAAUAAUUAUAAAGAAAAAAACAACAAGAAGAUGACUGUAGAAGAAAUUAGAGGGUCUAACGAAAUUGACAGAUUUCCCAUUGGGAUGAGAGUUCUUGCUGUCGAUGAUGAUCCAACUUGUUUGAAGUUAUUAGAUGGGCUUUUAAGGAAAUGCCAAUACCAAGUUACAACCACAAGUCAAGCCAUAACAGCAUUGAAGAUGUUAAGAGAAAAUCGAAACCGAUUUGACCUUGUGAUCAGUGAUGUUCAUAUGCCGGACAUGGAUGGUUUCAAGCUUCUUGAACUCGUUGGUCUUGAAAUGGACUUACCCGUUAUCAUGUUAUCGGGAAACAGCGACCCGAAGCUUGUAAUGAAGGGGAUAACACAUGGGGCUUGUGAUUACCUUGUGAAACCGGUUCGUUUGGAGGAAUUACGUAAUAUAUGGCAACAUGUGAUUCGUAGAAAAGUGGAGUCAAAAUCUCAAUCGAAAUCUGACAACCAAGAUCGGCAGAAUCAUGGAGGUGAAGGUGGACAGGAAGCCGGAAGUGGAGAUCUGAAUGGGAAACUUAAUCGGAAAAGAAAAGAUGAGGAUGACGAUGGUGAAGAUAAUGGGAAUGAAGAUGACGAUCCAUCUUCGCAGAAGAAGCCACGUGUUGUUUGGUCUAUUGAUCUUCAUAGAAAGUUCGUUGCUGCUGUUAAUCAACUUGGAAUCGAGAAAGCUGUUCCUAAAAGGAUCCUUGAUUUGAUGAAUGUCGAAGGUCUUACUAGGGAAAAUGUAGCAAGCCAUCUCCAGAAAUAUCGGCUUUACUUGAAACGGAUAAGUCAACAAGCUAACAUGGUGGUGGCAUUUGGGGGAAGCAAAGACGCGUCAUCUUACAUGCGAAUGAGCUCACUGGAAGGACUCGGUGAUUUCCGGACACUAUCAGCUUCCGGAAGAUUACCGGGACCCACAUUAUCAUCGUAUUCACCUUCCGGAAUGCUCGGAAGACUCAAUAGUGCAACUGGAAUGACACUCCAUAGCCUCACUUCACCUUCUAUAAUCCAACCAACCCACACCCAAAACUUAACCCAUUCCAUCAAUUCCCUCAACAAAUUUCAACCCGUUGUGUUACCAACACCACAAACUCAAACACACCAAAACACAAAUCUUUUUCAAUCCCCAUUUGAUCUUACUCAUCAUAAACCAAAUAAUAACACCCAAAUCCCAGAUUUCACUCCAAUUGAUGAAUCUAGAAUCUUUACUGGUUCUUUAAAGAUGGGUUCCAUGAGUUCAGAAUCUUUCAACCUUGUUUCAAGUAGUUCCACCUUUCUUGAUGUCCCAAUCCCACCACCAAUUGGGGAUACUUUCCAUGACCAAUUGCCACCUAAUGGCGGCCUGAAAUAUGGUUACACUGCUGGAUUUGGUUCGAGUAAUAUUACCACCACGGCCUCGGUGCCGCUUGAAGUUCAAAGCCAAAGGCAGGGGCAGUAUGGGAAACAGAAUUAUGGGCAGUAUUCGAGUAAUGGUUUUAGCACGUUAUCCGCCUCGGCACCACCACUAAGUGGUGGUUGUUUGGGCGGCAAUGGUGCACUGACGACAGCUCCGGCUAUGCAACAUAACAGAGGGAGUGAGAGGUCAAGUACUGAACUGAAAAUGGGACCCGGUCAAGAGUAUUUAUUGGAGCAUUCGAAGAUACUGAAUGGUUUUGUUGCAAAUAAUGGUUAUGACUCUUUGGAUGAUCUUAUGAAUGGAAUGAUGAAAAGGGAGCAGGACCCGACAAUCAUAAUGGAUGGAGAAUAUGGAUUUGAUCCUUAUUCUUUCGGUUCAUGUAUAUGAUGAUGAUGAUGAUGAUGGAUAAAGUAAUUAGCUCUCGACUCCUAGAGAUCGAUAAAACAAGGCUGCAUCAAAAAUUUAGGUUUUUUUUUUUUUUUUUUAUUAAAUGAGAAGUUUGUAUCAAUAUGUAAUUUAAUUUCCAGGACUAUUUAUGUCUUAGCUUCUUCAUUAUUAUCUUUAUCAACAUAUAUCCAUGUUUUCGUUUCAUCA